UGCCGCCACUAGGUGUCCGGAAGCGCUCCGGUCAGACUGGCAGAGAGCGCUGGAAGAAGCCUGCCGCCCCGGCCUCUGUGUGUGGAGGGUUAAAGCGCCAGCGAGGAGCAGGAAUGGCUGCGAGCACCGGGGUCUGGACGUCUCUGCAGCGUAGACCGAGAGGAGGCGUGACGCUGCGUCCGGAGUUUUUUUGAGCUUCAGUUAUGUUAUUUAUUCGGGACGACGUCUAUAAAGAAUAUGCAAACAUGAUGCUGAAUAUUGUCGUUCUGUCUAUGAUCCUUUGCAUAUCGUUGUCCUUCUGGAUAAUAUCAAUUACUGCAAGUACAUAUUACGGCACUCUGCGGCCCAUAUCUCCGUGGAGAUGGCUGUUUUCUGUAGUCAUUCCUAUGAUUAUUGUUUCCCAUGGCUUAAAAAGAAAGAGCUUAGAUAGCAGUGGAGCUCUAGGAGGGCUGCUGGUCGGUUUUCUUCUGACAGUCGCUAACUACAGUUUUUUCUCAGCUCUUCUUAUGUUCUUUUUUACAUCCUCAAAACUCACAAAAUGGAAGGGAGAGCUUAAGAAGAAGUUUGACUCUGAGUACAAAGAAGGUGGACAGAGAAACUGGGUACAGGUGUUCUGUAAUGGGGGUGUACCUGCAGAGUUGGCUUUGCUGUACAUGGUGGAAAAUGGUCCUGGAGAGAUACCGAUAGACUUUUCCAAGGAAUACACUGCCUCAUGGAUGUGUCUGUCACUUCUUGGGGCCCUUGCCUGCUCGGCUGGGGAUACUUGGGCUUCAGAGAUUGCUCCCGUCCUCAGCAAAAGCUCUCCUCGAUUGAUAACCACUUGGGAGAAGGUUCCUGUGGGUACAAAUGGAGGCAUCACAUUCAUAGGUCUCGUUGCGAGUCUUCUUGGUGGCUUAUUUGUUGGCAUAGCUUAUUUUGUCGCUCAGCUUAUGUUUGUGAAUGAUUUAGAAAUUGCUGCCCCACAAUGGCCAAUUAUUUGGUAUGGUGCGAUGGCCGGCUUGCUUGGCUCAAUCCUAGACUCUUAUCUUGGAGCAAUAAUGCAAUAUACGGGUUUUGACGAGAACACGGGGAAGAUUGUCAAUCAUCCAACAAGCGGUGCAAAACUGAUAUCUGGGAAGCCCAUCCUGGACAACAACGCUGUAAACCUGUUUUCAUCAAUCCUCAUAGCAAUUUUGCUACCGGGAGCUGCCUGGAGUAUUUGGCCGAGAACAUAAAUUAUUGCACAAUGGCAAAAUACAGCAAAAAAUAAUACUGACUGUGUGGUAUAUCCUAGGUUUGCAUGGGACAAAUUAUAUGUGAUAUCACUUAAUAUCAUUUGGAGAAAAUAAUACUAAUGAACACUGAAUGAAUAAUAAUACAGCCACUCUCUUUUAGCACUUCAUGUAUGCACCUAAGGCAGUGUACAAAUAGUUAAACUUCACCAGCUAAAACUAUAGCCCGACUCAUUUUGGUGUAACACUUAAGCACUGUGUAUAAAGGGUGAUUUCUUUUAAAAUUUAGACUUGAAAUAAAUAGUAAAGUAGAUAAUGUGAUAUAACUGCACAUCAGCCGAUUUUCUGAUCUUUUAGAGAAUUGUAAAUUUAUUGUUUUUUGCAGUUGCUAAUUUUAAUGUGUCAAGUGGACCAAGACUUUUUUGCUGCUCGUGUCUGUGAGGAGCAUAGAUAACUGAAAUGAAUGUAUUAGGCUAGGGCGACACUAGUCGUGGCUGGAAUCGCUUAGUAGCGGUGAUCCCAUAGAAAUAAAUGGGAUCACCACAGCAGUCGCAAGAAAUCCAUGUCCCAUCCAUCUUUUCACUCACAGUAAAGCCUCUAUUAUACAGGCAGAUCAGCAAGCGAUUGUCGGGAGGGAAGCGUUCCCUCCCGGCAAUCGCUUGCCAGCUAGAGGAGGAGACCACUGCUGUUACAUGCAGCAAUCUCCUCAGUAACCUGGGGAGAAGCGAUCACUAUGCCAUCAGUGUAAAAUAAAAAAGAUAAAGACAAAAUUUAAAACUAAUAAUAAAAGCAUGCUGCACCGCAGCUUCUAGCCCUGCCCCCAGUGACCAUAAUCCAUGCAUUGAAAUGACUGUUUUGGGGGAAAAAACAUCAUUAAUAAAAAAUUGUAGUUGCACAUUGUGCUAUUAACAAAAGAAAAUAUAAAAAAAAAAACUAAAAUACUAAAAAGAAAAAUUACAUAAAAAUAAAGCACUAUGUGUGAUUGAAAAAAGUUGCAAAAGUUAUUUACUUAACAGAAUAGAAAAAAGUUAUUGAUUUUUAAAGAUGCAUGUACUAAAAGAGAGGAAAAUGUGCCUGGUUGGGGGGGGGGGGGGGGGGGGUAAAAGGCCCUGGGUAGAGGAUUGAUAAAUGUAUGAUCACUGGGGGGAGCCCAGAAAGGAGGUUCAGGUAUUGAUAACAGACGUUGCAGGCAGCAUAAAGGAGAUGUGUGCCUAUCUGAGAUUUGCCGCAGCCUCAUGAUGACAUCACUGAGGGGGAGGAGCAGCAGGGCUGCGUUGUGAUGGGCGCGGCUAGGCUCCAGCACCAAUAAGUACAGCCUCUUGGGCUCGUUUCACCUUAUUAGUAUAAUUAUAAAAAACUAUUUUUUUGGGGGGGCUAGAAAAUUGUUAGGAGAGAAAGGUAUAUUUGGAAAUGGGUGGUGGCAGACUCCCUUUAAUAUUUUUUUAAUCAUAUUCUAAAAUAUUGCUAAGUGCUUGCAUUUUUGUGUGCGGGGGAAAUGAUUCUUUCCCACCUUUUUUUUUCCUUUUAAGCGGAGUACAAUGUGACUAUAGGGCUCGGUAAGGGAACUACAGACCAACUCCCUGGUCUCUUAGUAUUUUGCAGGUCGGCUUCCUCAGUCAUGGUAUUGUGGGGCACGGUCUUGGCUGUGGGUGUAGCUGCUGCCAAUAGGAGGCAAAACUAAGUGAGGAAAGCCCUAGCUCAGGGGUAGGCAACCUCCGGCUCCCAGCUGUUGUGAAACUACAACUCCCAGUAUGCAUACUUGCUCUGCUCUUCUAAGAACUCUCAUAGAAAAGAAUGGAGCAUGCUGGGAAUUGUAGUUUCACAACAGCUGGGAGCCGGAGGUUGCCUACCCCUGCCCUAGCUAAAUGAGUAUCUAGCUUCGUGUCUGCAGGACGUAGACCUACCUGCUUGUCAGGUGCACGGGGAAGAUUGUCGGUCCGCAAAAUAUAUACGGUCGUGUGCAUGAGCCCUAAUACUGUAGCUGUUGUUUUGUUUAGUUUUUUUGUAACUGCCUUUUAUGAUGUAUUAAUGAUAAUAUGGUUCCUUGUGUAAGCACUAUUGGGUGGCACAUGGACCAGCCAGGGCUUUCUGCCACCAUACAAGGUUUGUAGACACGUUAAUGCUGUGCGUAUGUGUGACUUCUCUAAUGUACAAAGCCAUUAAUUUAAAGUUUUUUUUGUGUUUUUUUUUUUUUUUUUUUUCAAUAAAUGAAUCAUUUUUACUUUGUUUGGACUGAUGAAGUUGAAUUAAUGUUUUGACCAAAGCAGAAUCAAGUGCACACGGUGCAGAUUUGUAUACAGAAAAUGAGCAUUAAAUCUGCACUAUUUAUUGGGGUUUUUUGAGCAGCUGUUAUGCGUUUUUUGUUGCAGUUUUUUAAUUAACAACCCCAUUGGAGUCUAUGGGGAAAGCCACAUAUAAAAGGUGUGGAAUCGCACAAACAGUUGAUGCUGUGGAUUUCAAAGUUUGCUCAGCAGGUCAAAUUCACUUUGCUGGUACCAUAUUACAAUGGUUUUUUUUUGCACUGAAAGCUAGUACUUAAUCCGCAAUGUGUGCAGAUGGCCUAAAGUAGGAUAAGAGAAAACUGUUUUUUCAUGGUGGAGAUUUCCUCCCACAUCUGCUGAAAAAAUUCACAUUUUUCAUAUCCAUAAAAUGAACAUCUAUGGCAUUUUUACAAUAAAAUUGCCAUCUGCAGGGUUGAAAAGCCACAGCAUGCCCAGAGUCCCAUGCUGACUCCUCCACAUCACCACCAAUUCGUUGCAGGUAGAAUUUUGAAAACCCCAUCCAAAUGUAUUGUACUGUAAAUUGUACCCAUUUUUUUGGUGUACAUCAAAAGUCAGUAACAAUUGUCAUAUUUGAACUUGGCAUAAAUGUACUGAAAUCAAUUGUAUUGCAUAUUUCAGUAAGAAGCUCACAUUGGCAUGCAUCUGAACAAUAUGGAAGCAACUCACUUUAUUGGCCUCUUUCAGACGAGCGAGUUCAUCUGACUCGCAGAGUGAGUAUGCGGCAGCUCCCAUACUGACCUGCAGUUCUGAUGGGGUUGCAUAGCAUUAUAUUGAUUUAUGAUGCUAUGUAACCCUUAGAGUUGUGUAAUCCAAUACAUUACAAAACUGUAUCAUAAAUCAACAUAAUGCUAUGCGACCCCGUCGGUGCUGGGAAGUCAGAACAGGAGCUACCCUAUACUCGCGCUGCGAGUCCAAUGCAUGUAACUUGCUUGUCUGAAAGGGGCCAUUGUCAGGAUUCAAAUUUUGUUGGGGAUUGAUACAACUGUGUAUCGCGUCCUUUUUCUCCUUCUCUUUUCCUCUUUUCUUCCCUAAGGCCUCAUUCACAGAUACGUGGACCACUGUCCGUGAAAACCUGUCCUGCUGAGUGCAUGGCGUCAUUGGUUGGUAUGACGCCAUGCUCGUCGUGCCGCCACCGCUGUACAGUAAUAUACUCGUAUAGAUCAUACUAGUGCACUCAGCAGGACGGGUUUUCACGGACCGUGGUCCACAUAUGUGUAAAUGAGGCCUAAAGGUGGAAACCGAACCAAUCAAGAAGAGUCUUUCCUGCAGGGGAUGACCACCUGUUUUAUAGCAAAAAAAAUGCAGAGAGAAACAUGCUUCUGAUAAUGCCUUGUAAUUGACUUCUUUCAAGUCGGCACCACUUCUCUAUUCUUUUGCCAGCAUUGCUUUCAGGCCUGGAUGCACUCUACUUUUUAUUUUUUUUAUGGUUAAUAAUGUAUUCAUGUUUUGAAGAAUGUUUUAAAUGAGUGUAAUGUUUAAAGAUUUAAAGUUUCUCUUUACGCCUUU